AUGCUCGUAAUGACAGGUUGCUACUCCUGUGGCAAGCUCAUCGGCAACAGGUGGGAGAAGUACCUCCAGAUGCUGCAGCGAAAGUCAGAAGAGCAAGAAAUUCAAGACAGGGACGACCCCGAGAAUCGAUCCCGGCCGAAAACAGCUCCCGAGAAGGAGGUGCUCGACGAGCUCGGCUUCACACGGUACUGCUGUCGACGAAUGAUGUUGACGCACGUCGACCUGAUAGAGAAG